AUGACUGGCGGAGGUGCGGAACGCAAUGUUGCUGACACCUCGACUGACCGUGCUGCCUACCCCAAGUCCACAGAGUUCAACAGUGGCCGCAAGGCUACACCCACUUCGACGACUACCAAGGUUCAGAAGCCAGAUGCCCCACUUCAGUCCCAUGACGCCUAUGAGGUCAUCAAGGACUUGAACCGCAUGAAGCGCAAGGCGACUGGUGACACUGGUACUACAUCGAGACCCUCGUCUUCAUCUUCGGUUUUGCUGGCCGCCAACGCGGAGGACAGGACCAAGCCGUUCGACGUCUUCACCGCGACCGCGGACGUGCAGAAGCAGAUCGAGGAGAAGAGGUUGAAGGCCCGAGGCCAUACUUCAUCGGCUCCGGAAGCCAUUCGUGAAGCACAAGAACGUUUGGGACUUCCGGUGAUUGAGGAGGAACCUGGUUUUUGUGUUUGGGAUCUUCUCAAACCGGUCCCCAAGACACCGCCCAAGGUUGACCUGGACAAGGUGAGAGUGGCCUUGGUGGUUUCUAACGAACUUCAUCCUGGACUUCCUGGACCCGACGAACCUCGACCUCAUCACGUACCCACUCACCGUGGCCGCAUUGAGUAUGAGAAGGGCAUCGAGAGCAUCUACUCCCGCGACACCUCCACUCUCUCAGAUGAGCAGUACGAGGAGAGGAGACGUUGUGGUGGUUUGGUGCAUGGCGGAACCCGCAGGACCAGCCGCAAGACUUUGAGCCGGCAGACAACCAGUGCUGCCAGUCCUCGUGGCCCGGUCCGCUUCUUGGACUACGACUUCGCCAUGAAGAUUAUCUUCCCAGAGGACGACUUGAGCAUGCAGGAGUUCCUCGUUGGCGGAGAUCGAGUACCAAGAGACGUCUUGAGCAACACUCGCAUGAAGCCCACGGUCAAGGACAAGACCGCCUACUUGACCAUCGACACGGCGUGCGAGAAUACUGUGGGUGGACUCACCCAAGUCAGGCAAGUCGCCAGCAUCAUCGAGUCGAAGCACAGCGUGAAGCCCCUGAUCACCGAGGAGAACGAGUCCUACCGUUUUGGACCUGGAGAGCCCAGAACUUCGAACCACAGGUGGCACAUGCCAGUUGGCAUUGGAGGCUGUGCAAUGGUGAUCAAGACCUCCGUGCUGGACGACACUUUGCCUGAGAGUGGCAAGAUUCCUUGGCUUGCUGGGCAAGACUGGCUGCGACUGGUUCGCGCAGUCGUAGACAUCGGAGAACAGAAGAUCUACCUCAAGGCCCUUGAGACUGAGGCGGAGCUUUUUGUAGACCACACUGGACACCUUGUGGUCGCGGUAGAUGAUUUUCCAGUCACUGGAUGGCCGCAGGACCGUCAGGCCUCACAAGACGCCUAUGCUGGAGUCCUUUGGGCCACAGGAAAAGCCUACAUGCAGCCGAAUUUUGCAGCCACUCAUGUUUAUAGCCCCGAGGAUGAUCCUUUUUGUGAUGGAAGUUUGCAGGAGAGAACCCCUUGCAUCGUUGCCUCCGACAAGUGGGAAUACCUUCUGGAUCACCCUCAGGUCUAUAUUAGGCAUUCGAAAGCCAAAGGCGACUUUGUGUGGCUGCGAUGGAGCCGCCUGCUGCGCAAGGUGAUGAUCUACCUCAAGGCGAUCGUCUGCAGCCUGGCUUCAACUCGCAUGAUGAACCAGUUGAAACACCGCUCACCAGCUUUGGUGGCCUAUGGGGAAGCCCUGAUCUCCCACGACCAGAUGAUCGAGGAGUGGAAUCCGGAGGCCUUGCCACCGACCAUGCCCCCAGUGACCACUCAGAGCAAGAACUUCGGACUGCCAUGGAACCUGAACUACCCCUACCAGCCGAGGGAUUGCCCUCACCUGGUGGAGCAUGGAAGACGCUUUGGCAACGCCCAUGGGAAGUUCUUGGAGUGCAUAAGCUGUGGAAUGGUUUGGCGUGGACUGGACUACAAGGUGCCGAUUGCCCAGACCCUGGUCACCGUCUACCCGGUCCUCGUGGGAACAAGGGACAAGCCCGGAGGCAAGGUGUUGAAGGGCGAGACUGCACGCCCAGAGGCUCGCAAAGGAGUCUCCUCCAGCAAGUCCUAUGGGUCAUCGUCUUCCUCACGACCUACCUCUACGGAAGCAGUUUAUGGAGCAGCGGACUUCAAGCCGCCGGCGAGGAAGGCCACGACAAAGGACAUCAAGGAGGAGAAGGUCAGUGGAGCGAAGCGCACUCAAGGUCGCGCCCCAGCAGCGGACUCAAUUCUGAUCCACAGCGACGAGGAAGCGGACGACAUCAUGUCGAUCUACAGCGAACUUUGA